UCGCCACUCGCUUUGUAUCAGUCUGAGGAAGGCAGUCGACCUGAUCAUAAGUAGCAUAAGCCGGUGUUGUUGUUUUAACACUACUUGAUUGGAAAGUCAAGUGGAUUUGAUCACGUCAUCAGAUAUUUGCUUGGAUUAGAAACAACGUUGUAUUUGAAGGGGCAUCUGACUGUGGAGAACUCCGAAAGGAAUUAUUACCGUUUCUGGAAGGUGGGGCACGAAAGAUGGUCGUCGCCUAGAACGUGUUUUUGAUUUCCCCAUUCACAUUCAAAGCGAUGUCAGCGUCCAUCUGGGAUAGUCCUUUCAGUAUAGUAGCGUACGUGGUAACGGCCAUCGCAGUAUUUCUAUCCAUAUUCAAAUACUACCUCUACAUCACCUGCGGAAAAAUCACCUCCAGCCGGAACAUGGAAGGCAAAACCGUCAUCGUAACCGGGGCCAAUUCCGGCAUCGGCAAGGAAACGGCCCGGGAUUUGGCCAAACGGGGCGCCCGCGUCAUCAUGGCUUGCCGGAAUAUGGAAACCGCAGCCAAAGCUCGUGAUGAAAUUGUUGCUGAAUCCAACAACCAAAACAUCGUCAUCAGGCACGUGGACAUGAGCUCACUGGCGUCCGUUCGUAAUUUUGCGAAGGAAAUUCUCAGCACGGAAUCUGUCAUAGACGUCCUGAUCCACAAUGCAGGUGUUGCGCAAGGUCUCAAAUCCAAAGUCACUUCAGACGGACUGGUGUUCUCUCUGGCCACCAACUACUACGGUCCGUUCCUGUUGACCCAUCUUCUGAUCAACAUGUUGAAGAAAUCCGACCAAGGACGAAUCAUCGUUGUAUCCUCGAAACUGUACCAAUACGCACACGUCAAACGAGACCUCAGCAAUAUCAACCCCAUAAACUCUCAAUACUCCGCCCCGACCCAACUGUACAAUUUGUCGAAAUUCAUGGAAAUUAUGUUCACCCAGGAACUGGCCCGUCGUCUGCGGGGCACCCGCGUCACAGCAAACUGUCUCCAUCCAGGAGUGAUAGACACCGGUAUCUGGCGCAACAUCCCCUUCCCGUUGAACAUAGUGUUCAAACCGAUUCAAUGGUGCUUCCGAACGCCAGAAGAAGGUGCCAGGACCACGGUUUACUUGACCGUCACACCGGAAGUGGACCAAAUCAGCGGCAAGUACUUCCGUGGCUGCAAGGUAACGGAAAUCAACCAAAGAGUUCAGGACGUUGCGCUUCAAGGAAAGCUGUGGGAAGCAUCCAGAACGUUGGUCCAGCUUACAGAUGAAGAUCCGAUGAUUUAAUGAAUGAAGAACUUAUUCAUGAACAUGAACAGCAUUUUUUAUCAUAGUUUAAGGAUGUAAUCCAUUAGCACGUAAAAACAGCUAUAUUUAAGUUUAGAAUAAUGAGUCGUGACAGUUCAAAACUUGUUACUGAUAGGAAGUAGUAUGGACUGCAUAUGAUGUAGGAAUACUUUUUGGGCGAAGGGUAGUUAAUUUAUGAACGUCCUUAAUUUGUAUUGGAUUGAAUUGGAUCAAACUUUUCACACACAAGUGAGCCCUUUACGAUAAUAGUUCAUUUGACAGCGCAUAAUUGAUAUUUGAAAGCAGUUAAAAUAUCAAGUUUGAUGUUAUUUCGAAAAUGAUCUACCUAUAAACGCAAACACAUCAGCAAAAACUAAUUGAGUACAAAAAAGAAUUUCCGAUGAUUUUGCAAAAAGUUCAUUUGUAAGUUUCUUUCAAUGCAAUCAAAUCUAAUGAAAAAAGUAAUUUUAAAUAUACCAUUAUUUAGGAAUCGCUCAUUUUAAUUUGUUUUUAUUCAUAAACCAAGAUAAACCAUCAAAUUGACGACUUAACGCUAUCUAUGAUACGUUCGAGAAGGAUUUACUUAAUAGUUAGUUCAGAAAACACGCUUUUAUAUAUGAUAGUGACAAUAUGUACAAAAAUUGAAGCAGUAUACGUUCACUCACUAUUGCCAUAAGCUGGUUCCGAUUUCAAAUGUUCAAUCAAUAGACUGGAUACAAAAUAAAGCUUUUUUUUAUGUGUA